AUGAGGAACAAGCUAGGCAUCGCGGCAAAUCGCCUGUCGACACACCGGUUUGAACAGAUCCCCGACCACCUCCCACACGACGGGAUGACGAACCCUAACGACGUGACCAUUGAUAUUCCCCUCACGGACGCUCCGUCCAGAGGCCAGAACGGCAUUCACAAAUGGAGGUCCAAUGCCGAGGCUGUUGAGCAGCCUGGUGAUGGUGAGAAGGGUGGUCUGCCAGAUGGCAGCGGCCCUGGUCGUCGCCGUCGUGUCGAUACGGAUAUCAAUGAUGCCUCUCAUAAGCCUGCCGUCUCCCCGGAGGAUGGCAAAGUCAAUCGUUUAGGCCGCAUCUACCAGGCCAUCUACAAUUUCUCGAUCGUCACUCGUUAUAUGAUCUACGUUUUCCCUAUCGGUGCUCUCCUUGCGAUUCCCAUUAUUGUUGGUGCCACUGUUGCGCAGGACGCUUACAUUGGCGGCGUUCAUCUCUACUGGUUCUUUACUUGGAUUGAGGUUGUCUGGGUCAGCUUGUGGGGAUGCAAGAUCUUCGCCAAGUUCAUUCCUUAUGUCUUCCAGACUCUGUGUGGUUUUGUUAGCUCGGGUACGCGCAAGUAUGCUCUCAUCCUGCGUGCUCUGGAAACUCCAAUUACUAUUGUGCUUUGGUGUGUGAUCUCGCUCGUCACGUUUCUACCGAUUAUGCGAUACGGUGCAGACAAUAACAGCGGUGUCUCUGCCUGGGAGAAGAGUGUCAAGAACAUCCUGUUCGCCCUGCUCGUCUGCAGUUUGAUCUUCCUCGCUGAGAAGGCCCUUGUUCAACUCAUCUCGAUCAGUUACCACCGCAAGCAAUUCGAUGCCAAGAUCAAGCAAUCCAAACACAACCUUUACCUGGUUGGUCUCUUGUUCGAGGCCUCCCGCAACAUGUUCCCUGUCUACUGCCCCGAGUUCCGCGAUGAGGAUGACUUGAUCUUUGACUCGCUGCUUGCCCAAGAUGCCAAGGAUAAAAAGAAGCGGAGUUCGGUGAUGCCGUUGCGUAUGAUUCGCGAGGUCGGUCGUCAAGUCGGUCACAACGUCGGCCGUGUUGGUGAUAAGGUUACUACAGCCUUCGGAAACGUCGCCUCUGAACUUACCGGCAAAAAAGUGUUUAACCCAACUGCCACUCACUCCAUUGUUGUUCAGGCUGUUGAGCGUAAGCGUUGUGCUGCGGCGCUGGCUCGUCGCAUCUGGAUGUCUUUCGUCGUCGAAGGCCGUGACGCAUUGUACAUUGACGAUCUCAUUGAGGUUCUAGGAAGUGACCACGAAGCUGAAGCCGAGGAGUGCUUCGGCGCUCUGGAUAAGGAUGGAAAUGGAGAUAUCAGCUUGGACGAAAUGAUCCUUACCAUCACCGAGUUCGGUCGUAACCGCAAGUCUCUGAACAACAGCAUGCACGAUGUCGACCAGGCCAUUCGUGUUCUUGACAACUUGCUCCUCACUGUUGCCUCCGUGGUCGGUAUUCUGGUCUUCAUCUCUUUCGUUACCACUGGUUUCGGAACUGUUAUCGCCGCCGGUGCUACCUCACUUCUGUCUCUGAGUUUCGUUUUCGCGACCACCGCGCAGGAGGUUCUGGGAUCCUGCAUUUUCUUGUUUGUCAAGCAUCCUUUCGACAUUGGUGAUCGUAUUGAAGUCAGCGACAAGCCCUUCGUUGUUGAGCGUAUCUCGCUUCUUUUCAGUGUCCUCCGCAGUGUGACCGACCACCGCAUCACCCAGGUGCCCAACAACAUUCUUAACAGUCUGUGGGUGGACAACUUCACUCGUGCCAAUGCCAUGCAUGAACAACUCACCGUACCUGUUGCAUUCGAUACUUCAUUUGCCGAUGUUCAGUUCCUUCGCGAGGAGAUGGAAGCCUUCGUCCGUGACAAGGACAACUGCCGCGAUUUCCAGCCUGACAUUGAUAUCGAGAUUGUUGGUGUUGGUGAUAUGGAUAAGCUCGAGCUGCGCGUCGAUAUCCGUCACAAGUCAAACUGGUCCAACGAAACUAUCCGUGGUGCCCGCCGCUCUAAGUUCAUGUGUGCUCUGGUUCUCGCGGUCCGCAAGAUCCCUGUUCGCGCCCCUGGCGUCGCCAUCGAGGAAGAGGCCAAGGAAGAUGGUGAGGACAAGGAUGACGACGAUGCUGCCUCCAACACCGGUAACCGCAAGUCCGGCCAGGACGCAGGAUUGGCCCCUGCUGCCGGCUUCGCCGCUGGCGAGACCCUGUCUCCAAACACCGCUCAAACAUCCGGCUUCGACCAGAAGCGAUCCUCCGGCACCGUCACCAAGCGUGGCUCUCAAGCCAGCGAAGCCGCCAUCGCCGAUCGCCUCAACCUGCGUUCCCCAGCUGUCGAUGUCGCCCGUGACGACGGCCUUCAUGCCAACGCAGGCCUCUACCGCACAGCAACAAACGCUUCCAACCAAAGCCAUUCUCUGAGCGUCAAGGACGGUAGCGCCAUGCAACGCGGCCUCUCCACUGGCCAUCGCAAGGCUGGUGCCCACGUCUCCUACCACGGAGAGGACGGCGAUGUCCCUCGCCCUCUCUCCCCCGUCCGCGCAGGAAUGACCCCGUCAACUAGCGAGGUUCCCAUCCUCGGAGCUCCCGCACCCCCAGGUUCCCGUGGCAGUGCCCGUUACGAGCCCCAACAUGGCAACAUCAUCGGCUCUCCGGAGUACACCUCAACCUACUACAACACCCAAGAGAACCCCUUCGACCCCGUCUCCAUCCGUGGUGUGAGCUCCGAGCAGCAUGCGCAUGAGCGGCCUCCUAGCCAGCACUACGAGAUGGACCGAUAUGAUCCUGUCUCGCCGCCAUCUGUUUACUCGCCUCAUCCUGGCGAGACUGAUCCAGCACGUCGCAACUCGCUCAUUGAGAGGAUGAGACGUGGUAAGCAGGAUAAGUCUCGUGGAGAGCAUGAGGCGUGA